GUGUGCUCCAGAGCUGCCCGUCCGCUCAUUCAGUGCCUUGUGCAGCCGGCAGUGGGGAGUUGAGCAGCAGCAGCAGCAGCAGAACAGACGUUACUGGAGCACAGGCCAAGGUGCAAGAAAUUGCUUUCCUCUUUGAUCUUGUGCGACAACCUUCUAAAUGAGUGGCAGGAUCUCUAAGCAGCUGAGGCUGUCUGUGCCCCCUUGUCUGAUAAACAGGACCACUGUCUCCAACACCAGUAGCUGCCCCACCGAGGUGGAACCCCUCUUUCAGUCCUUCUCCUCCACUCUGGUUUUGAUAGUCCUGGCCACGGUGAUUUUCUGCUUGGUGGUCCUCUCCUUGAGCACCUUUCACAUGCACAAGAGCAAAAUGAAGAAGCGCAAAAUAGAGAAGGCGCAGGAGGAAUAUGAGAGGGACCACUGCAGCCCCAAGGUGGAGAGAAGUCUCUUCCAUGGAAUGGGCACCCAUGUCUGCUCUACCUCCCCCACCAUACAGAGGAACGAGCACAUUCGCCUAAAUCUGGAUAAUGAGGAACCUCAACUGGAAGCUUCAGGGUUGGACAGAGCCACAGAGCACCUGCAGCAGCAAUCCCUGGUCUUGUCAUGAUCCAGAUGCACAGAAAGGAGAUAAAACAUCUUGUACAUAAUUGGUGAUACAUUUAAGAAAAAAUGAACUAUUUCAGCGCAUGAUCAAGACCACAUUGCGUUAUACCCAUGAAAUCGUGCGAUAAAGGCUUCGCUUUUUAUUCUUUUUUUUUUCUUUUUUUUUUGCAGGGGGGACGGAGCCGCACAAAGCUACCAAAUGUAAUGUCAUUUUUUUGCCUGGGGGAAAUCCCAUUUGCUCUGUACAUAGAUCUCAUCGUAACAGGAUAGCCGCAUUCUUCUCUGCUCUAUGAUACAGUAACAAAACAGCUGAGACACUAUCCAGAAACACCGAAUCCCAGGGAUAUUACAGUGGGAUCCAAUGUCUGUUGUAUAAAGCAGUGUGGCUUCCUAGAGAGAAUUCUCCAUACAGAUACUUGUUUCAGAGGAACUCUCAGCAAGCAUAUAAUAACCCCCCAUACUCCCAAAAUAAUAAUCUUUUUCUAAGGACAAUAUUUGCCUUGUGGAGCUGAAGUCAAGUAGUGGAGCCCACCAGAUGCACUUUGCUUCUUCCCUUUGAUUUCUAAGGAGCUGUCCACCGUGCUGGUGCUGAAUGCCAGAGUCCUGCCUGCAGCCUCAAAUCUACAUUCUCUUUCUUUCUGAUGGGGUUUCCCAGAUGCCAAAUUCUCUGAACUGUCCCUAUUGAUGGAGAUAUUGAUGGAGAUACAGUCCUUUUUUUUUUUGUUUUUGUUAAAAAGCAUUAUUGGGUGAUGUGAAGUUCUGAAGUGCAGUUAUGCAGUUACUAUUAACCCAAAUGUUGUUUUUUUAAUGUUUGAACAACAUGUGCCCUUAAGUUAACUCCUAAUUGGGACCGAGGCAAAAACAUGGCUCUUGUACUAUGCACUCUCUCUCUUUCUCUCCGACCUAUGUUUUAUGUUACACGGCUACUGAUGUUAGAGGUUUCUCAGGAAACUGAGUUCGGUAGCAUGGAUUUAGCUUCUAUUGUUAUAGGAAUAAAUUUUCUAUCUUAAAA